UUCUCCUCAGAGGUUCCUGCUCCCUCCACUCCCUGCAGCUUUGCCCCUUCUCCCCGAGCGAGUCCCACCUCCUCUGUGCUCCGUCAGACACAACAAUGACUGUGGGGAACAUGGACAGUGCCGAGCUCUUUGAUGCCGGGAAGAAAGGUCGAGGCCUGAGGGCCACCAAGGAGCUCAAAGCCGGGGACGUGGUCUUCGCCGAGUCCAGCUUCUCUGCGGUGGUCUUCGACAGUCUGGUCACCCAGGUGUGCCACAGCUGUUUCCGACACCAGGCCAACCUGCACCGCUGUGCCCAGUGUAAGUUUGCCCAUUACUGCGACCGCACCUGCCAGACCGCAUGCUGGGGGGAACACAAGCAGGAGUGUGGAGCCAUCCGGAAGACAGGCAAGGCUCCCAGCGAGAGCGUCCGUCUGGCUUCCCGUGUGCUGUGGCGUGUGCACAAGGACACGGGCAUUGUGUCUGACAGUCAGCUGAUCUCCGUGGAUCAGCUGGAGGACCAUGUGACCGACCUGCCUGAAGAAGACCUCAAGCAGCUGCAGACCGACGUGAUGACCUUCUUGGCGUACUGGUCCCAAGGAAGAAAGCAGCUCUCAGUGGAGUACAUCUCCAAAAUCUUUGGCAUUAUCAAGUGCAAUGGAUUCACGCUGAGCGACCAGAGGGGCCUGCAGGCCGUAGGUGUGGGUCUGUUCCCCAACCUUUGUCUGGUCAAUCAUGACUGUUGGCCCAACUGCACCGUCAUCCUCAACCACGGCAACCAAUCAGCGCUGAGCUCUGCCCUCCACUCUCAGAGGAGGAUCGAGCUGCGAGCUGUGGGGAAGAUCUCCCAGGAUGAGGAGCUGACCGUCAGCUACGUGGACUUCCUCAACCUGUCCGCCGACCGCCAGAAGAAGCUCAUGGAGCAUUUCCACUUCGAGUGCACCUGCCAGCACUGCAUCGAGCACAUCAGUGACGACCUGAUGACGGCCGCCGUAGAGAGCGGGGGCAGCAAACCGUCUGCUGAUAAGGUGAAAGAGAUCAUCACCUCCAGUAAAGAGUUCCUGGAGAAGAUUGACAAGGCCCGGAUUGAUCAGGACUACCAUAAGGUGGUGACCUUGUGUUGUGAUUGCCUGGAGAAGCAGGAGAACGUGUUGGCCGAUACCAACCUGUUGAAGCUGCGUGUGUUCAGCAUCACCAGUGAGGUGCUGUCAUACCUGCGCAACUUCUCCGAGGCUGCAGACUACGCCCGCAGGAUGGUGGAGGGAUACACAAAGCUGUGCCAUCCCAACAACGCCCUGCUGGGAAUGGCCACCAUGAGGGCCGGUGUCACCCACUGGCACGCAGGGCAGAUAGAGGCCGGACACGGCUUCAUCUGCAAGGCCUACGCCAUCCUCAUGGUCACCCACGGACCCAACCACGCCAUCACCAAGGACCUGGAGUCCAUGCGCAUGCAGACUGAGCUGGAGCUGAAGUUGUUUAAGCAGGAUGAGAAGGCGUACCAAAGCAUGAGGGACGCCGCUCUGCAGAUCCCCGCCUAAACAUCACGGGGGGGAGGGCUCCACUGCAAGACCAUCACCUUCAUCACUGAAGCAGGAUGAUGACGAGCUGAUGCAGCGUGUCUGAUAGCGCGCUGUUCUGUUUGAAGUAAAACAGUCCAAUAAAAGAGGUGUUUAUCUCUCAAACAAUAA